UGGACUACAUCCCGUUUUUCAGCAGCCGAAAUCCUAACAAACCAUGAACUGCAAUAGGUGACAGCAGCGUGCGAUCCCCGCAUCAAAGCAAAAACCGGUCUCAAUGGCUGCGAUUGCCAUUGAAUCCACCUACUGGCAAAUUCAACUUUACUGAUCAUCGUUUGGCAAAGGAGCUCCACCAGUCGUAGCUGCACUUACGCAUACAUCGCUCGUUUGCACGCUCAACUGUAUACAUCAUGGACGUUGACAGCUAUGACAGCGGAGACUACAAUACUACCGAUUACGUCAAUCGAACGACACCUAUCUAUUCGAUUAAUCCAGAUUUUAUGACACAAUGGAAGCUGAAGAGAAAACAGGAAAAGUUUUGUAAGCAACUCUACAAAAGAUUAAAUCUAUUAAAUUUUCCAGAAUGUCAAAACUUGCUCGGCAUUCCUGCGUACCACCGGUUAUACGAGAAGGCAAGUAGCAGUAGCGCAGUGGGUGCCGGCAGCGCUGGGACCGUUGUUGGUGCUACAGACUUUGACAGUCUUCACGAGUACAGCAACUGGUUCGCGAGCAAUAACUAUAGCUUUCUGGAGUGGAACAAUGGCAGCGGUGGAAUCGGUUCUGCCAAUGGCACAGCGAUAGAUGGCGUGAACGGAUCGCUGCUGGGCGGAGCGAAUGAGAACGGACUAGGACCGGUGUUGCCACCGUUCGAACUAUGGCAAACGGUUCUGAUAGCGAUAUGUCUGGCGAUUUGCAUAAUACUCACCAUAGGUGGCAACAUCCUGGUACUGUUGGCAUUCAUCGUCGACCGGAGCAUCAGGCAGCCGAGUAACUACUUCAUUGCCUCGCUUGCAGCCACCGAUAUGCUAAUAGGGACCGUUUCCAUGCCAUUCUAUACGGUUUACGUUCUCAUGGGCUACUGGGAUCUGGGCCCGUUGCUGUGUGAUUUGUGGCUGUCGGUGGACUACACCGUCUGUUUGGUAUCGCAGUAUACGGUGCUUUUGAUAACGAUCGAUCGCUUUUGCUCAGUGAAGAUAGCCGCCAAAUAUCGAAGUUGGCGAACGAAAAACAAGGUCAUCUGGAUGGUUACCAUCACCUGGAUCAUUCCGGCGCUACUGUUUUUCAUAUCUAUUUUCGGUUGGGAGCACUUUGUUGGCUAUCGGGAUCUUCUUCCCGGCGAGUGUACCGUUCAGUUUUUGAAGGAUCCUGUUUUUAACACUGCACUCAUAAUAGGGUACUACUGGACUACGUUGGUGGUUUUAUUUGUUUUGUACGGUGGGAUUUACAAAACGGCAUACGAUAUGCAGAAGAAAAGUGAGGCCAAGCAGCGGAAGAUGCAGUCCAUGGUAGCCUUAGGGAAUGCAAUGACCGGGUUGGCUGGUCAAGCAGGCGGUAUAGGGAUAUCUAAAACGCAGAGCACUUUGCUGAGUCAGGAUAAGCCACUGCCAUUACCGGCUACUCCCGCGCCGAACAUGAUGCUUCCUCCAACACUUGCUCUAGUUCCGAACCAAAUGCAAAAAGAAGAGGCCACAUCGAGCAGGAAAAGCUCAGUACCGAAACCGAAAGAUGAAAAGGGAGAGGAUCAACGGAAAAGUAAGGAAGAAAAAGAAGGCGAUAAGAGCGAACGAUCUAGUAGUCCAGCGUUUGAUUCGGACGAUGAGAGCUCGGCGAACACGAAGCAACAACAGGAAGAAGUACGGGUUUCUAAGAAGAGGACUUCGUUGGCCGGUUUGCUCGUGGGUGCUUCAGCUACUGUUCUAUCGAAUCGAUACAACAAUGGGGCAGUAAAAACAACGACAACUCCUACGAGUGACCAGGGAAAACCGAAAAAAUCUCCGAUUCAUCCAACGAAAAACGAGGGACUCCCAAAAAUUAGCGAGACGAGCAUAUUGGACUCUGACAAUACCGAUGGAAAACCUCAGGUUUCCCCACUUAAACCGACUCCGGUUCAGUCUCCUAUUUCGCCAGUCGAUAUCGAACCCCUGGUGGUGGCGAAAUGCGAGCGAGCACCAGAAAUUUCGCACACGAUCCUGACGCCACCUUAUGGUUUUCAAGGAAGCCCCCAUGCUUCCGAAAGUCCACCGUCCAAAUCAGACAGGCCUCAUAGUAUAAUAAGCCAAGGGGACUCGACCGUCACCUACGAUGCCAUGGUGGGAAUGGAUGGUGCCGAUCUCCGAUUCAUGGACGAAAGUUCAGUAGUGGUUCCUUCGCCGCAGUACGAAAGUCCGCCGUCAGCAUUCGCUGUGGUACAGCCAUGUUCCCCAGCCCAUGCCGCUGGACAGAAUAUAGCGAAUCCUUCUCUUCUGCAAAAAGCACUCAUUCGGGCUACGGCUCAAUCUAAACAACCGGCACCAACGGUUCUACUGCGAACGGUUGACGGGGGACCUCUUUCACCGACCUCGGCACAGUCGAUACAGCCAAUCAAUAAGUUUAGUACAACAGUCACAGUAGCCUCUCAGAAUCCGGACAAACCGGUUACUGUAUUGCAUAGCUCCUACACAAAUAAUUCAAAUGUAGAUCAGGCCUUACCACAGCACCCGCAGGUCGACAGCGUGAGCCUUAAUUCGAGAAUGCAAUUAAACAAUCCUACGUCGGUUUCAAGUACUACUUCGGAUCCGAAGCACUCAUCCCCGGCGGCGGCAGCAGAAGCAGUAAAGGAAGCAACUGCAACCGUAACAUCAACAACGACCAACAGCAGUACAGCAGUACCAGCAGUGACCACAUCAGCACCGCAACCGAAUGCACUACCCAGCACCACUACCAUUCACACGCAAGUUUCAUCCUUCACCACCCACAAUACCCCUAGUGGGACAACGAUCACCAUCAAUCCCUGUAUGGAACGGCAAACCUCCAGCAAGCGGGAUUUUAUCCGUUCGAUCGGCAAAAGACUGAAGGGCAACAAGAAAUCCGGAUCGCUCGGAAUCGGCCGACAAAAGUCAAAAUCGGAGAAUCGUGCCCGUAAGGCGUUCCGAACGAUAUCAUUCAUCCUGGGAGCAUUUGUGGCCUGCUGGACGCCGUACCACGUGCUGGCUCUGGUGGUUGGCUUCUGUAGGAACCCACCCUGCAUCAACGAACAUCUGUUCAUGUUCUCCUACUUCCUGUGCUACGCCAACAGCCCGAUGAACCCAUUCUGCUACGCCCUCGCUAACCAGCAGUUCAAAAAGACUUUCAUGAGGAUUCUGCGAGGAGAUCUGCAUAUGACUUAAGCACUCUUUUCCAUGCGCACUUUUUUCCAUUGGGCAAAGAGAUAGGUAAAAUCAAUAUCAAUUUUUAAUGUAAUGAUAUAGACAAUAAUAAUGUUAAUUAAAAAAAAAAACAUAAACUCAUAAGCUAGUUCUAAGAUGUCAGUCAUUAGCUGCUGAGUAUUAAGAGAGUAGACAGUAUCAUCAAAUACACUUAUUAGCGAUAAGAGCGGUAAUUGUAAGUCUAGAUCAACCUAGAGCAAAUGAAUCAGUAUUGCAUAAGUGUAUAUAGUUUUUAGAAAACUAGAAGAAGAAGCAAAAGAAACGCUACUUAAUUUGACAAUUUUGCCGCGAAACAAAAAUGUGGUUCAGAAUAAUUGUACUUGGUAAUAAUGCUGAAAAGACAUUAUAACACUUAAAUAAAAAUGAAACAAGUAUCAUGCGCCUCCAUUUUAUAAGAGAUAAUUUUAAUAAGA